GACAGUUGACAAAACAAAUUGCCUUUCCCUUUUGUUGACCCAAUAACUAUUUAUAUUUAUAAGCAAAUAAAAUGUCUAAUACUUUAAGGCCGAAGAGCCCUCGCCCCAUAAUAGAGCCGAAACCCAAGGAUGAAACCAUCUGGGAUAAAUUGGGAACGUUAGGACGUAAAAAACGCAUCAAAGAAGUGCAAGAGGUGCAAACUGAAGGAAAAUAUGCCAUUGACUCUCCUGGAUAUGCCACUGCCCCUGUUAUUCCUCCAGAAGACUAUAAUUUGGAGGAAAAUGAAGAGAGGUGCCUUAUAGAUCAAAAUGCCUUCAGUGAUCCUAAAUUCUGUGAAUUAAAUGAUGUAUUAAUUGACUGGAUCAAUGAUGAACUUGCCUCUCAGAGAAUCAUUGUCCAAAAUUUAAUGGAGGAUCUCUAUGAUGGGCAAGUUUUGCAGAAACUCUUGGAAAAACUCACUGGAGACAAACUGGAUGUGCCUGAGGUGACGCAAAGUGAGGAAGGUCAAAAACAAAAACUUGCAGUUGUAUUGGCCCAUUUCAAUCAGAUAUUAGGUAUUCAUAGACGUGGUGGUGGACACAACAAAUGGAAUGUAGAUGCAAUCCACUCAAAAAAUAUUGUUGCCAUUAUUCAUUUAUUAGUUGCUUUAGCAAGGCAUUUUAGGCCACCAGUCCGACUAACAGAAAAUGUAUCUGUCAAUGUAUUUGUUGUGAAAAAACACCAAGGACAGUUGGCUCAUCAAAAAGUCAGAGAAAGUCUCACCACCUCCUAUGAUGAUGUUGGUAUGAGAUGUGAAAAAGAUGCCUUUGAUGCUCUAUUUGAUCACCCUGAUAAACUGCAAAUUGUUAAAAAGUCUUUGGUAACAUUCGUCAACAAACACCUGAACAAAAUGAACUUUGAAGUGUCAGAACUUGAAACUCAGUUCCAUGAUGGGGUUUACUUAGUAAUUUUGAUGGGACUUUUGGAGGGAUUCUUUGUACCUCAUUAUGCUUUUCAUUUGACCCCUCAGGAGUUUGAGCAAAAGGUUCACAAUGUGGCUUUUGCAUUUGAACUAAUGGAAGAGUGCGGUCUGAAAAGGCCUAAAGCUAGGCCAGAGGAUAUUGUCAAUAUGGAUCUGAAAUCGACCCUGCGCGUUCUUUAUAAUUUGUUUUUAAAGUACAAAUCGAUUAUGUAACUUUGAUAUUAACAACUAAAUAGGUGCCUUUAAUAUUGUAAUUCAAGUGACCUUACUAAAUAUGACUAAAAUAUAGUGUGCUUGUUAUAUGUAUUGUGUUAUUUAAAAAGACUUAUAUAUUUUUAUGUAGUGACAAAUUAAUUAUUUACACUCGUCUAGUACCUACUUGACACUAAUUUUUGACAAUGUUGAAUAAUUGUGUUUAAUUUCUAGGAAUAAAAAUAAUAUUAAUGAUAAAAA